AUGUUCAAGGCAACAAGGAUCCUGCGGCAGGUCGCCGACUUCCGCUCUCCCGUCACUGGCUUUGUCGGUGCUAUCGGAAACACCCCGCUCGUCCGCAUCAAGGGUCUCUCCAAGGAGACUGGCUGUGAUAUCUAUGCAAAGGCCGAGUGGAUGAACCCUGGAGGUUCCGUCAAGGACCGUGCUGCUCUAUUCGUUGUCAAGGACGCCGAGGAGCGCGGCUUGAUCAAGCCUGGAGGCACCGUUGUCGAGGGUACCGCUGGUAACACUGGUAUCGGUCUUGCCCACGUCUGCCGUGACAAGGGCUACAAGUGUGUGAUCUUCAUGCCCAACACCCAGUCCCAGGAGAAGGUCGACCUCCUCCGCAUGCUCGGUGCCGAGGUUUACCCCGUGCCCGCUGUCGCUUUUGAGAACCCCCAAAACUACAACCAUCAGGCGCGUCGCUUCGCCGAAGAGCGGGAGAACGCUGUCUGGACUAACCAGUUCGACAACAUUGCAAACCGUCGGGCACACAUUGAGACCACCGGUCCCGAGAUCUGGACUCAGACCAAGGGAGAGAUUGAUGGUUUCACCUGUGCGACCGGUACUGGUGGCACCCUCGCCGGUAUCACUCGCUACUUGAAGGAGAAGUCGGAGGGCCGCGUCAAAGUCUUCCUUGCUGACCCACCGGGUUCUUGUUUGUAUAGCUACGUCAAGUCUGGCGGAAAGUCUACUGAGCGGUCAGGAGGCUCCAUCACCGAGGGUAUUGGACAGGGACGUGUCACCGACAACAUGGCUCAGGACAUUGGCCUCAUCGAUGAUGCUUUGUCCAUUCCCGACGAGAAGACUAUCGAGAUGGUUUACCGUCUUUUGGACGAGGAAGGUCUCUACGUUGGUGCUUCUAGUGCUUUGAACGUUGUUGCCGCGUACGAGAUGGCCAGACAGAUGGGUCCUGGGAAGAAGAUUGUUACUAUUAUUUGCGAUGGUGCCUACCGUUAUCAGACCAGGCUUUUCAGCAAGAAGUGGCUCGAGAGUAAGAAGCUCAUGGGAGCCAUCCCAGAACACUUGAAGAAGUACGCCGUGCUGGACUAA